AUGGCAGAUGCAAAAAAUGAUACAAAAUCUGAGUCUGAGCACAUUAACCUUAAAGUCCUCGGCCAGGACAGUGCUGUCGUCCAGUUCAAGAUAAAAAAACACACGCCGCUGAGGAAGCUCAUGAAUGCUUACUGCGAAAGAGCCGGAUUAGCAAUUGCAUUAGUGCGCUUCAGAUUCGACGGCGCGCCAAUUAAUGAAACUGACACACCGUACUCGCUGGAGAUGGAGGAAGGUGACACAAUUGAGGUUUAUCAGCAACAAACAGGCGGUAGAUGCUGA